AUGAAAAGAUUCUGCGGUGUAAGCGGUUGCCGUAGAAACCAUAAUAAAUUACUACAUGAGUUCCAACAAGUGCCGCCCGCGCCUGUAUCAGUUCAACAGGUUUUGAGUUAUGCCAAGACAUGUGGCGGUUUUCUCUUUAAAUUGGUUCCGACAAAAAUUAUGGGUCUAAACGGACAACUGAAGAUUUUUGCACUUGUGAAUGAAGGGUCGUCAAUCACUAUACUAGAUGCCAAAAUUGCGAGUCAAUUAGGCCUUAAAGGCAAGAAACAACACUUAACGAUGCAGUGGUAUGAUGAAGAGAAGGUGACUCAAAAUUCAACAGUUGUAAAUGUCAACAUAAAGGGUGAAGCAGGCGAACAAUAUCAGGUUAAAAACGUUUACGUAAUUGCCAAUCUGAGUCUGCCAACACAAUCAUUUGAAAAAUCAGAUUAUGAGCACCUUAAUUGUUUGCCGAUUGAAGACUAUGACGAUGUUCGCCCUUUAAUGUUGCUGUGCCUAAAUUGUGCCAACGUAAAUGCAUCUUCUACAUCAGUAACCGCCGGUGCAUCGGAUCCAGUGGCUAUUCGAACUAAACUUGGAUGGGUUCCGUAUGGUCAAACCGGUUCAAGUAUUACCGUCCAUUCGCUAAUGUUAUUUGCCCGAGCAGAAUCAUCAUUUAAAUGUCUGGAUCGUACUGUUUCCGAAUAUUUUAAGUGUAAAAAUUUUGGAAUUGAAAAUCCAACACUAUGUCUGGAGUCAGCCGAUGAUUUGAGAGCACGUAAAAUCUUGUCUGAUACAACACGCCGUAUCAAUAAUCGUUAUGAGAUUGGCCUUUUAUGGAGAAAAAAUUCACCAAUAUUGCCUGAUAGCUACGCCAUGACGCCAAAGGUUACGCCAGGAAACUCACAAGAUGAAAUUGAAAAUAUCACAAAGCCGUUGUGGUAUCCGCCGCAUUUUUCUGUGCAGAAUCCGCAUAAGCCCGACAAAUUUGGAACUGUUUUCGAUGCCGCCGCCACAGUUGAUAAACAAUCUCUCAACUCAGCAUUGUUGAAGGGCCCAGAAAAGGCUAAACCAUUAAUAGAAAAACUUUUUCAACUACAUCAGGGUCGUAUUGCCGUUGCUGCAGACAUAAAAGAGAUGUUUUCUCAGGUUAAAAUACGACCAGCCGACCAGAAUGCCCAAAGAUUUUUAUGA